AUGUCAUCACCCUUCCUUUGUUCUCUGGCUCCCAAACGUAUUAUGGAAUUCGAGAGGAACUCGAAGCACGAUACCAGUCGAUGGAUACUAGAAUACCUUCUAUGCUCUAGAUUGGAUACGCUAUAUUGGGAACCGCCACAUCGAAUUUGUCUUACUGCUCGAACCAAUUCCCAGAAACCAUGUGUUUGUGGAUCUGGUCGGGGUACGGAUACUCAGCGACCCCAAAAGUGCGCGCCAAGAGCCACCCAGCACGUAGGAAGUAAGAGGGAACGGACAAAACACCUCCCAAUUAGCCGCUGUACCGUGGACCUGGGACGAGCGAAAGGCAAAUGA